AUGAACAACUAUCGCUGUGCGCAACAGUUUCGCGAUCGUCCGCCCACCAGGACAUCACGCCGAACCAGACGAACACAUGGGAUUCUGCUUUACAAUAACGUAGCAGUCGCCACGCGCGUGGUGUUUAAUGAAACCCCCGUCAAACGGGUUUUGAUUCUCGAUUGGGAUGUUCAUCAUGGGAACGGCACACAGCUUGCAUUUGAAGACGAUCCCAAUGUACUUUAUAUUUCUAUUCACCGCUACGACGGUGGCGAAUUCUACCCAGGAGGUACGUAUGGCUCCAUGAAUAGCGUUGGCCUCGGGGCUGGAAAAGGCAAAUCCGUGAAUAUUCCGUGGCCGGAGGGACACAUGGGAGACGCCGAUUACAUGUAUGCGUUUCUUAAUAUCGUUAUGCCUAUUGCAUAUGAAUUUGCUCCAGAACUGGUGUUUAUUUCCGCUGGAUUUGAUGCGGCUGCCGGGGACACGCUCGGAAACUGCGAGGUCACUCCAGAAUGCUACGCUCACAUGACUGCACUAUUAAGCACACUCGCGGGAGGGAAACUGGUUGUUGCGCUCGAAGGCGGAUACAAUCUCGACUCGAUCGCCAAAUCCGCUCUAGCAGUCACGCGCGCGCUCUUGGGGGACCCCCUGCCCGAACUCCCAAGAUUAGACGCAAGUGAAAUUGCGACCGAGGUUGUAUGGCAGGUUGCCCGCAUUCAGAGUCAGUAUUGGCAUUGUAUCCAGGCAUCAAGCUUGGAACCCAGCGACACUAUCGAUGAGACCACUAUUCACCUUCCUGAACUAUUCAAAGCAUGGAGACGAGAACACGCAUUAAAGGACUUUGGGCUCUAUGAGUUUCCGUGGGCUAUCCCAGAACUAGACGAAUCCUACAACGGACAAUUGCUUGUUAGCGAGAAUAUUAGCACUCAACACACCCUUGUCAUGUUUGUACAUGAUUUUGGGAACAUUUCAACCGAACUUCUGACAAUGAAACAACUGAAUAUCGAAUUGGAAAACGCAUGGAUAGAGCUUCCGUCCGAAAAGGAGCGCCAAGAGACUGCGAAGCAGGCGGUCAUCAGCGCCUGGGAUAACCUCGCAGAGCUAUCGGACGCACGCGAAAUUGUGAUUGUCGCGCACGGGAGUGCUGGACUUUCAGUCAUGGGACUAAUUGAUGAACGAUUUGAGAACAUCCGAAACAAGGUCAAGGCUGUAGUCCAGGUGUGUGGGAUACAUACGAUCCCUUCCGCUCCCAAGUUCCAAAGCGAACUGAGAAAGUGGUACUUCAAUAACUCGAUGGUGAUUAUACCAAAAGAUCACCCUAUAUACCUCUCAGAUUCGCAAAUCCAACGAAAGCAUGGGAAGGUCCAGCAAUCAACAGAAGAGAGAGUAACUAAGGUCAUGCGCACUUCCCUUCCUCUGAUUCAACAAUUUAUUACCGACAGGGUCACACCCCGAUCCCUACUUAUCGAAGGUACCAGAAAGCGUGCUGUCCCCGCUCCUGCCCCUGCUCCAGUUCCUGCUCCUACUUCGGCACCUGUCCCUUGA